AUGGCCAGAAACAAUAAAAAUCAAUUUGGUUUGAUAAUUCUUGGAAAUAGUGGUGUUGGAAAAAGUUUCCUAGCUAAUAUUCUACUCGACAGAGAAAUAUUCAAACAUGAAUUCUCUGCUAGAUCUGUUACUCAUCGCACCGAGUUUCAGGAAAUUACUUUUGAUGAUCAUCAUUAUGCUAUUUUUAAUAUUCCAGGUUUAAUUGAAGCUGAUCAAACUCGUGUUGACAUCAAUAAACGUGAAAUCGAUCAAGCAUUCACUCAACGACCAAACUCGCUUAUUAUAUAUGUUUUCGGACAGCAAAACGGUCGCAUUCGUGAUGAAGAUGUGGUUGCAUUCAAUGCCAUUAAUGCCGCAUAUCCAUUGAAUAUCGAGUCACUCUUAUUAGUAGUCAAUGGUCUUCCAGCAACUCGACCAAAGAACUAUGAAGGUGAAGUAAUGCUCAUGUUACAAGAUAUUAUUCAAGUGCCAAUUGCGGCAGAGAGAGUGUGCUUUUUAAAUCACAUCGAUCGAGAAAAUUUGAACGAACGACAAGCACUAAGAAAACAAUUAUUAAGUUUUAUUGUCGAGUUAUCGCCAACUGAACAUGUCAAAGCGCAUGAUAUCCGUUUAAAGGUUGAGGAAGUUGCUAUGUUGAAAAAACAGAUCGAAGAAAUGGCCAAAGAGUUUAAUGCAAACAAGGUUCAUUUCGAAGAUGAAAUUCGUCAACAACAAAAACGUUAUGAUGAUCUUAUUACGCAUCAGAAGGCUGAGACGGAGAGUUAUCAUCGUAUUAUUGAACGGCAGGCUGAGGAAGCUAAAGAAAUGCGCCAGAGUCAAGAAGCACAAGUCCAGCAGAUGCAACAACAAUUGGAAACAAUGCAGCAGGAGCACCAGCGACUUAGAGACGAAAUGGCGACUAAAACCAAAGCAGAAGCACAAGCUAUGCAAAGAGCCUUAGAGGCUUCAAAUCAAGCACAACUUGCAUUAAUGAACAAAAUGUGUUUUAUGGCUGGAACCUUGGUACGUAUGGCUGACGGUACUGACAAAUCAAUUGAAAAAAUUCAAGUUGGUGAUAUUGUCAUGGGCGCUAGUAAUCAGCCUCAUGUUGUGAUGUUCCUUGACGUCGAACAGCUCGAAGGUAGAUAUUUGUACGGUAUCAACGAUUUUCCACCGUUCUUCACUUCUGAACACGUCUUUCUUACUUCUGAUGGGUAAGUUAAUGAGUCUAUGAUCGUUUUUCAUUUCAAAUUGAAUUCGGCAAAAGAACUUACUGCUCAUUUUCAGGGAUUGUUAGAUUUAGACUUCUAGAUUAGAUAUCGAUCUUUUCGAGCUUCAAUGCAAAAUACGAGUUUUCCAAAUUAGUGAAUUCAUUGCAGAUAUAUGCCACAGUUGACAUGAGAAUUCAUUUGAGUUUGAAAUACAUGUAUGAGUUACAUGAUAAUUAAUGUUUGUUUACUAUUGUAUUCAAUUUUUGUAAUUUUAGCGAUUCUAAAUGAUUGAUUGAGCUUCUAUGAUUUAUUUUCAAUUAUUCUUCGUUUCCUUAUAAUAAAUUGAUGGAUAUUCGUUGCUAUGGAAAAUCCGAUCAAGAAACACAUUCUAUGUCUGUUUGCUUUUAAUUACAUAAAAUUUUUUUUUUUUCAUGUGAAUCUCUCACAAAAAAAUGAGCAUUCCUCAUUCUAAACUACAAUCUGAUACUGAUAAACUUUUUCAUAAUAAGUAUAUCGAAUAGAUAAUCAACAAUCCAUUUAUAGUUCAAUUAUUACUCAAUCAAUCGAAAAACAGAUCAGCUGCUAUUCUAAAUAGCACAAAUCAUUCAAUUUCAAGUUUUUAACAACGAAAUUGCUAACACUAAACAUUUCACCAAUCAUUCGAACCCCCAUAUCAUGAGCAUCGAAAAACAAAACUAUUUUAUAAAAACAAAUAACUUAAAUACUCUCGAUUUUGUUUCAACCAAUGAUUCAAGGUGGAGUGUGGGUGUGGUUAAACAGUGUCAACACCACCCACACCCGAGACUAUCAUGUCCCUACUUACUGACUACCGUGAUAGACAAUGACAGACAUCUUAUCAAUGUUCUCCGCCUUCGCAAGUCGUGGCAGACAUAGCUAUGAACUUAAAGCAUAUUGCGAAAUUAUCAUCAGUGGCCAGUUUUUGUGAAUUCUGAAUUCUUGAGGA